AUGCCCUCUAGCAGCGCAUCGGCGAAUCGCCGCCACGCCGCCUCAUCGCUGCCUCGCCGCCACAUCGCCGCCUCAUCGCCUCCUCGCCGCCUCGCCUCCAAGCCUCCCCAUCGCAGUGACAUCGCCGCCGCCUCCUCAGCAAGUGAUCGCCGCCCCAUCACCGCCUCGCCUCCUCCUCUCGACGCCUGCCGCAUCGCCGCCUCCAGGGAAGAAAUGCCGAUGCUUCCCAUGUCCCCACUCUCUUCCCCGUCCGCCUUUCUACGCAGCGUUUCCCAAGUCCUCCUCUCUCCCACUCUGCCCCCCUCUCUCCCCUCUGUCCUCCACUAUCUCCCCUGUCCUCCUCUCUCCCGCUUGUCCUCCAAUCCGACGGUGAGGACGGGGAACGCCGCUGCACGCCCUGCACCGCCAACACCUUCAACCGCUUCCCCUGGGUGCGGCACUCCUUCCUCACCUCCUGUGCUGCUCACAUGGGCGCAUGGGGUUGGGCGCAUGGGGAGGAUGGGCGCAUGGGGAGAAUGGGCAGAUGGGGAGGAUGGGCGCAUGGGGAGAAUGGGCAGAUGGGGAGGAUGGGCGCAUGGGGAGGAUGGGCGCUGGGGAGGAUGGGCGCAUGGUGAGGAUGGGCACAUGGGGAGGAUGGGCGCAUGGGGAGGAUGGGCGCAUGGGGAGGAUGGGCGCAUGGUGAGGAUGGGUGCAUGGGGAUGGGCACAUGGGGAGGAUGGGCGCAUGGGGAUGG